CCCAUUUUCUGCCUCAGCGCUACAACUGAGUCAUUCCGUUGCCCAUGACUCCUGGGUAUACAGUGUUUCUGCAGCAUGCUGCAAUAUUUUUGAGUUAAUCUGUCAAUGUUAUUUUCUGCUAAUGCAGAUGUGGGUUCGUUUGCUGACGCUUUGUAGACAGUUGUCGAAAAUCAUUUGUACAGCCUGAGCUUAUAGGACUCUGCGGGAUGAAUCCUUUACUUUGUUCAUUUGAUCUUAUUUGAUUUUUUCUAGGCCUCAAAGAAAUGGAGAAAAUAAGGUACCUCUGAUGUUUCAACAAUGCACGCCUUUCCAAGCUUCAUAGUAUCACCUCAGUUAAUCAUGGUCUCUCCAGAACAGAAUCUCAAGUCAGUGUCCUAUGACACCUGUGCAAUACCAUAUCCACUUCAGAACUCCUGGAUAAAAAUGAAGGAAGAAGAAAACUUCUAAUCUCCUCAGCACACUAACUAAAAAGAGUGUCUACCAAGCAAUGGCAUUUCCUUGUACUUUUAAGUACCAGCCACAAGAACCGUGUUACUGUCCAGUGGAGGCCAACCCAGGUACAAGGAAAUAUAAGUGGUCAAAACAAACUUUGCAUCCAUUCAUUACAUCUGAAAGUUCUCCCUCUUGCUGUUCUAAAGCACAGUGCCGUACUUUGCAAGAACAGAAGGAGGAAUUACGGAAGCGUCUGUCCUAUACCACCCACAAACUGGAAAUGCUGGAAACAGAAUUUGACUCUACACGCCAGUACCUUGAAACCGAACUAAGACGUGCACAGGAGGAGCUGGAAAAAGUAAGAGAAAAGCUGCGAAGCGUCUCCAGAAUACAAAAUAAUUAUGCAGCUCUAGAGAGAAUUAAUCAAGACCUUGAGGAUAAACUUCAUCACAUGGCACAGAGUCAUGAAGAAGAAAAGAGAGCUUUUAGCCAUGAGAUAAUAGCACUCAACAAUCAUCUAAUGGAGGCCAAGAUGACAAUAGAUAAGUUAACGGAAGAUAAUGAACUCUACAGGAAGGAUUGCAAUUUAGCAGCUCAAUUACUUCAAUGCAGCAAGUCACACUAUAGAGCGCACAAACUCUCAGAGCUUCCUGCAGAUUUUCAGGAAAGAGUGAAUGACCAUUUGGAAAAGCAUGGCUGUGGCUUUAAUUUACCUCUGUGCCGUGCAUCAUUCUCAGACAGUGUACCCACCUGCAUAAUUGCUAAAGUUCUGGAGAAACCUGAGCCAACUAGUGUACCAUCUUCUCAUUUGUCCAGUCCACUUACAAGAGAUGUCAGUUUUGUAUAUAAUAAUGUUGGUAGCACUGAAAAACUGGGCCGACGAUCACCGCAUAAAUCAGAUGUGUACUGCAGUGAUACUGCACUCUACUGCCCUGAAGAGAGAAGGAAGGAACGGAGGCAAAGUUUUGAUAUGCAGUUUCGUGAUGUUGCAUUUCUAAGAGCACAGAAUUCCACAGACAGCGCUACAGAAGAGGAGGGAUUCCAAGCUGGUUUUCCACAUGAAGUCUUCCAUGAUUACGUGGCUUCCUUACAAGCUUCCAGCUCCUAUUCGAGCUUCAGUGCAGCAUCAGAAGAAAAAGUGAAUGCACAGGGUACCUGUCUAUCCCCCACUCGUCCUUCCUCCUUAUAUAUGAGUGGGAGAGAUAACAUUUAUGAAAGGCAGCCUAGCAUUGUUUCAUUUGAACAUAAGGGUAGUCCAAAUUUUGCUCAGCCAAGAACUUUGCAACAUGUUAUCCACAGUCCACAGAAUGGUACACCUUCCCAUUACAUAAGAACUGUGGCAGCAUCUGUAAGUGAACCAUACCAUUUUUCUAGAAUGAAUACUCAACAAGUAUUGGGAUCUCCAAAACUUCAUAUUUCAGAAGAUGAUUUAGCUAGUCACUGGAGGCAGCUUAGUGUAGAAGACAGCAGUCCCUGCACUUUUAGGAAUACAGGAAGAAUUUCGCCACGCAGUUUUGUGGAGCAACACUUGGGACCUAGUCUAGUCAAGAAAAUGGACAGUAGGUCAAGUCCAAUCUAUGGCAAUUACAAACCAGAUCACUUUUCUGAAGAAGACGAAGAAGAAGAAACUCGUCAGCGGAGGAUUUUGGAAUCCUGCUUUGUAACAAGGGCCAGUUUUGAAAGUGAUCAUAACUCAAAUUCUAAGCAAGAUAAAAUGUCCCCUUACAGAACACAGGAAGCAAAAGAACAGAAAAGUGAAAGGAUGUCAGCCCAGAUGUACGUUACAAGUAAAGAAAAGAGCACAGGUUUAAAAAAGGAAUAUGUUGAUGUUAGCCCAAACAGUUCUGCAGAAUCACUGACUCAAGGUUCAGUAGUAGCAUCUGACUUUCAACAAUUCUCACUGGAACAUGAUGUCCGUGCUUCUUUUAAUGCCAAAUUACAAAAUUUUCAGAGACCUGGAACUGGUCUCUGUAGAAAAGAUAGCCUGACACGGGCUCAGUUUUAUGGUACACUUCUAAAUUAAACAUUCUGCAUUUACUGUGCUGUUGAAUAUUUUGAAAUGGAGAGUUCAUUGCCAAUGGACAACCAGUUUUGUACGUAUUAUCAGAAUCUCUGCACACAUAUAUUUAUACGUUAGGUCAGUUGAAAAUAUAUGCAAGAGACUGUUACAGUGUAGACUUUUGUUGUUAUAUUUUCCUUAUUCUGACGUACAUCCUUUACAUUCAUAUGUGUUUUUUUUCAAAACUUUUUCUCUCCAUAUUUGGUACAAAAAAUUAUAUUCUUAUCAGUAACCAUUUUGGCAGUAAUGCUUUUCAAGGUGCCAAGGUCAAGGAAAAAUUGACAAGAUAUAAUUUUAAACUGCAUGCAACUAUGUAACUAAGAAUGAUACAGAGACAAGAAGGUGUGGAUUAACCCAAUAUUCCUUUUCUAGCAGUGUAUAUUAAAUUAGGCAUCUUUUAUGUUACUGUUGUUUCUUUAGCCCAGCUGUUUUGUUGUAGGUCUGCUUUCAUAACAUGGCUCCAUCAAAUACUACCUCAGAAGUAUUUGUUGUCCUUUUUGGAGUAUUUUCAGAAGACUUGCAUUUCAAGGUCAUACAGAUGCAUGCACUGGCAUAUUUAAUGUUGUGUAUUGCAAUGCUGAAUAAAAACAAAAUAAAACACAACCAUACUAUGA